AUGCAACUAACCACUAUUUAUAGGGUUUUUGCUCUUUUGGCGUUGAAGAAAGAGGGAGGAGCGGGAGAGAGAGAAGAGCGUAGGGGACAGAAGGAAGUGGAGAUGGCAGAAACCGGGGAACAGGGCGAAGUGGGGGACAAGGCAUGGUGGAGAGGAGAUGACGAGGACGAUGAAAGAGAGGAGAUGGAAGAGAGAGGGAAGAGAGAUCAAGAGAAGGGAGAAGGGGGAGGUGGCGAGCGGCUCCUCCGUCGGCUGCCACCUUUUUCCGCCACCAUGUCCGACUCCAAAUCAUCCUUUCACCCCGCUUUCGCCGUCUCCAACAUCCGUAAUCACAUUCCUGUGGUUCUUGAAAUGGAGAAUGCACAAUAUGGUACAUGGGCGGAAUUGUUUAAAAUCCAUGCUAAAUCCCAUAGGGUCAUACACCAUAUCAUCGCACUAGAGAAAGGGAAGCAGGCAGCCCCUCCCUCCGAUGAUGACAAAGAACUUUGGUCGACCCUUGAUGCGACUGUGCUCCAGUGGAUUUAUUCCACGAUUUCGAAUGACCUCCUUACUACUAUUCUGGAACCUGGAGCAACGGCCAUGGAGGCCUGGAAUCGCUUGCGUGACAUCUUCCAGGACCAUCAAAACUCCCGUGUCGUUAUGCUCGAACAAGAGUUUUUCACAACUAGGAUGGAAGACUUCCCGAACGCGUCUACGUAUUGUCAAAGGCUCAAGAGCAUCUCCGAUCAGUUAAAAAAUGUGGGGGCUCCGGUUUUCAAUUCCCGCUUUGUUCUUCAGCUUGUUUCGGGUCUCACCGACGCAUUCAAGGGUGUGGGAACGCAGAUUCGUCACAGCAAACCAUUUCCUCCUUUCACCGAGGCGCGCUCCUCACUGGUUCUGGAGGAACGAGAACAGGCGAUGCAGGCGGCCCACUCUACUCCUUCGGCGAUGGUGGCUACCACAGGUUGUGAGGGUUCGACUUUCUUUUUUGAUAAUACUAAUUCAUCUGGUCAUGCUGUGAAUAACAGGGGCAAAAAUAACAACAACAAAGGCCGCAAUUUUGGCCGUCGGAACGGCGCUGGCCGUGGAAACGGUGGCGGCAAAGGCAGCCGUGGCGGCAGCUACGGUCACAGCGGUGGAAAUUCCUAG